UUACGUGUGUGCAAUUUACGCUGUAACUGGUAACAAACCGCCCUUCAACCCACUCUCUUCCUGUUUCUUCUUCAUAUCUUUUCAAUUUUACUUUUAUAAAUACCUCACUUCUUCAUCUUUUUUUCCUCAAUUCAUCUCAAUCUCUCUCAAAUUUCCCUUAUUUGUCAUUCACACCAAAACAUCAGAAAUGGAUAUCAUCACUCUCUUUUCCUUGUUUGUUGCUUCGUUUCUCUUCAUUGUUAUGUUCAAAUCACUCCUCAAGCCCUUCUUCUUCCCUUCCAAAAAAGGAUUAAGACUCCCUCCUGGUUCCAUGGGUUGGCCUUAUAUUGGAGAGACCUUUCAAAUGUAUUCUCAAGACCCUAGUGUCUUCUUUACCUCAAAAAUCAAGAGGUAUGGGUCUAUAUUCAAGUCCCACAUUCUGGGUUGUCCUUGUGUGAUGAUUUCAAGCCCAGAUGCUGCAAAGUUUGUGCUGAACAAAGCUCAACUCUUCAAACCAACAUUUCCUGCUAGCAAAGAGAGGAUGUUAGGAAAGCAAGCAAUUUUCUUUCACCAAGGAGCAUACCAUGCAAACCUGAGGAGGCUUGUCCUUCGCACCGUCAUGCCUGAGGCUAUCAAGAACAUCGUCUCGGACAUUGAAUCCAUUGCCCAAAGUAGCCUCAAAUCCUGGGAAGGAAAGUCAAUCACCACUUUCCUUGAAAUGAAAACAUAUACCUUCAAUAAUGCCUUGCUUUCAAUUUUUGGAAAAGAUGAAACUCAGUACAUAGAGGAUCUGAAACGAUGCUACUACACCCUUGAGAAAGGGUACAAUUCAAUGCCCAUUAAUCUUCCAGGCACACUUUUCCAUAAGGCAAUGAAGGCGAGGAAAGAGCUCGCGCAGAUUGUGGCAGAUAUUAUUGCCACAAGGAGGAGCAAGAACCAAGAUUACAAUGACUUGUUGGGAUCUUUCAUGGAAGAGAAAUCAGGCCUCACCGAUGACCAAAUCGUAGAUAACAUCAUUGGUGUCAUUUUUGCUGCUCGUGACACCACUGCCAGCGCUCUUACAUGGAUCGUCAAGUACCUUGAUGAGAAUCCCAAUGUUUUAGAAGCUGUCAUCGAAGAGCAAGAGUCUAUAUUGAAAGGCAAGGAAGAAAGAGGUGAAGAUAUUGGUUUGAAUUGGGGAGACACAAAAAACAUGCCAUUGACUUCAAGGGUGAUACAGGAGACUCUAAGAGUUGCCUCAAUUUUGUCUUUCACAUUCAGAGAAGCAAUAGAGAAUGUUGAAUAUGAAGGGUAUCUCAUACCAAAAGGGUGGAAAGUAUUACCUCUUUUCAGAAACAUACAUCACAGUCUAGAAAAUUAUACAGAUCCUGAGAAAUUUGAUCCUUCAAGAUUUGAGGUUGCUCCAAAACCCAACACUUUUAUGCCAUUUGGCACUGGGAUCCAUGCAUGUCCAGGCAAUGAGUUGGCAAAGUUAGAAAUUUUGGUGCUUAUUCAUCAUCUGACCACAAAGUACAGGUGGUCAGUAAUAGGUCCAAAAAGUGGGAUUCAAUAUGGUCCUUUUGCUCUUCCCCAAAGUGGCUUGCCAAUCACAUUGUACCGCAAAUGAAUAUCGCCUCAACAAAAAGACUAACUAUGGCAUGGAAGAAACUUUCUAAAUAUAUAUUUUCUUUGUUUAAACUUUGUUUAAAAAAGUGUAGAACGAAAAAAACCUUAUAGGGAAAGAUCACUCCUUCCCUUUACUUUUUGGCCAAGAGACACCCGAAGGGAGUCUUGAGAUUAUUGUACAAAUAGGGAAGUCAAGUGUACAAAGUGGUUCUUCAUAAAAUUCAUCUUGAAUUAUAUAAUUUCAACAUAUAUGCAUUACAUUUUCAAAUUUUUAUUCUACCCUCUAAUUAUCAUUCAAUCAUAUUUAAUAACGAUUAUAACAUCAUGUGAUUGAGAUGACUAUAUAAUAGAAUAUCAUAUAUAAAAGUAUAUGAUGUAUGAAAUCGAGAUAGUUACCUUUCAGAAAAUUAUAAUGAGAAUGUUAAUAGUGUUGGCAUUAUUCUGGUGGCAUAUCUUCUAUCCUACAAUUGAAGGAUUCGAAAUCACUAUUCAUGCACCAACUUUUUUUUUGGUACAGGAAAGUAUUGGGCUGGGCCUAUUGAAUAAUAUGGUGGCCCCUUUCACUGCUAUCCUUCACCCUCUGUUCUUUUUCUUCCCGUAGGCAAGCGCCAUCUUCCUCUUCGCAUAGACAAGGUUUUCGCCAGAGAUUGAAGUGCCUACGUCAUCUUCCUCCUCGCAAAGGCUACGCCCGAGAUGGGAGAUGUAUCGUUGUAGUCCCAACUGUCCUCAUACCUAUUCACUAUUGGAUCGUACUUUCCCAAUUCUCUUCCUGUAGUAGCUCUCAUCAUCCAGCCAGUUUUCAUGGCUUUUUACCCAUAGCUACGAGUGUAACAAUCAGUAGGUACUUUCAAGCUACUAAAACCAGCUGGAAGUUCUUCUUUACAGGUACUGGUGGUCAAUUGAAUCCAAUAUGUAGUGGAAGAGCAGCCUUGAUUAAUUUAAUCCAAUGGCAGGUUUUGGAUACCACACAGCAAGGUGAAGCAGGUACUCCACCAAUUGUAGCAGGUACUCUUGAGAAUUGUUGUAGUAGUAAUUCUGCAAUCCAAAUCUCUGGAUCACUGACAUACUUUCUUCCAUACAACUAUUACCUUGCAUAUCAGAUAUUAUUCCUAUUGCCAGUUCCUCACACUUUCAAACUUGAAUAACCUUUAUGAUGCAUUCAGAUUCUAAUUUUUCUUUGGCUAUGGAUUUUAUGUCACAGGAUUUUCUACCACUAUCGGGACUAUAUGCUUGUCUUGUCUUCAUGUUAAUUUCAACAUAAACACUUUCCUGAAAAAUCAAAUAUUUGUUAUCCCCUAACCAACUCAUCAUGUGUUUUUUUUUCCUUUUUCUCCUUUAGCAUAUUGUGAUCACUAGUGGAGGAGCAGCCUUGAUUGAUAAAGUUGGCAGGAAGCCGGUACAUGUUUUACCAUUGUGACUUUAUUUUUUGGUUCAUUUGGGAAUCACUUAAAAUGGUGAAUUUUUCAGAACUGUCAUUUGAACUCAAAUUGCAAAUUCUAUUCACUUCUCUUCUCCUCUCCUAUGUGUUGUGAUCUUCAUUUUCAUUUGUUUGGACUGGUCCAGUAACAAGUGCGCCAGGUGAAUCUAUAUAUGACUUAAGAACAAAGUCAUAUGCAAGUUUUGACCACUCACACGUUCUGCUAUCUAUGACUUCAUUCAUGUUGGUUGAGUCUUCACAAGUUUCUUUUAAUUACUAAGUCAUGUUGAAUUCUUCAUUCUGUGGUUAACUUUCGUUUUUUGUAUUUUAAUCGAAAACAAUCCAGCCUAAAUUGUUAUGCUAUUUUAUUGGAAGGAUAUAAGGCAACACAUGUUAGACUUGCUGCCAUUGCAGUUGGAUGGUACCAGGUUAACUGAAAAAAUCUAUUGAUCCUUAUUGGUGAUAUUUAAACAUUGUUUUGUGCUACAAGAAUAUACAAAAUUGAUAAUUAUUUGCAAAUGAAAAGAAACAUUUUCUCUGGUACUGACUUUUAGAUUUUUUAUUUUAUUUUGGAAAAAUAAAUUACACCCUCUAGGAAGAAUUGAUCCCAAGAUCUUCCCUCCCCAACCCAUAUGUCCCCAACGUUUACCACUUGAUCUACUAUUUGGGGACAAAUUCAUUAGAAUUUUUGGUACAUUAGAAAGAUAAAUUACACCCGGAAUGAUCCAUAGACCUUCCUCUCUCAACCUAUAUAUCCCCGGCUCUUAUAAGAAAUAAUCUAUAUAUUCCAUUCUAUUUAUCUCAAUGAUGUUUCUUUCAAAUCAUAAAGAAACUUUUUUCAAUUUGAUUAGGGUAUGAACACUUGUGUCUCUUUUUGUUAACAUGUUCAAUUUGAUUAUCUAAAGAUAUAUGUGUAUACUAUUUUUACAUUUUAGGUGGAUGAUGAUCUUAAGCAGGAACUUUUCAUACCUUAAAACAAGAUUUCUCCAAAACUCUUAUAUUGAUUUAUAAUCUAAGAAUGAGCUUGAUACUAUUCAAGUUCACUACUUAUGGUUUAACACCUUCCAUUUGCUGAUUCUUUAUUCAAUUAAUUUGGUUAUAUAUAUUAUGCUUUCACUUCUUAUUGUAGAAUGAUCACAUGUUAUGGUGGUUUCCUUUCUGAGUUGGACAUCAAUUAUGUUUUGUUGCUUAGCAGAGGAAGGUACAUUCAAAUGUGGAUUAUGCUUGACUAUGUAUAUCCUUUUCAAUAACGAAGGAAGGCAGGAGGAGUCUAUCUUUGAAGGGGUUCAACUCAGAGAGUGGAAUUGGUUAUCAGGUAGAAUGAAAGGUUUUGAUUGCUCAGUUAAUGAGUGGUUGGCACAACCUAUUAGUUGUCUCAAAACUGUGAGCUAGACCUGUGUUGAUAUAGUUGGGUUUCUUGUCUGCUACUCUUAUGAUUACUGUUGCUGCUGCAUCUGUUACGGGUAUGGAUUUUCUGGUUUCAUGUGGAUAUGAUUAUUUGGAUGGGCAUUAUUGAGUCUAAUUGCGAGACACAUUGACAGAUUGGGCAGGCACAUUAGCUGGUCGUUUUGUGCCUCCUUGUAGCUUUUUUUUUUCCUUGGACAAGCGCCUACUAUUACAGUGCAUAAUGUGGUUGUUUUUUUUUCUUCCUGUUUUCUCCCCUGGAGCUCGCUGUUUCUUUCUCUUUCCUUUGGCCUUGGGUCUGUACAGUGCUUGUAAUUUGCUUUGGCACAUCUUGUGCUCUUAUAUAUAUAAAUUUGGCUUAUCUAAAAAAACUAUACUUUGAGCUCA